ACUGUCAUAGAAAAUAAAAUUAUUUGUGUUGGUACCUGUAUUCAAAACUUUAUGAUUGCAGCAUAAAAAACUUAUGUUUCACCUUAAAAAUUAUUUCGUGGGUUAACAACUUCUUUUUUAAUUAGUGAUGAUUAACUUAUCAGUUAUAAAUUGAUUAUAAAUGGUUUAAAUGACUCAAAAUAAAUUAGUUGAGUCAGUUAUGGAUCUGCAUACUAAGCAGAGACAAUUUUCUGGGCAAUUGUACAAGUACACAAAUGUAAUGAAAGGCUGGCAAUAUAGAUAUUUUUUAGUAGACGCAAACGCAGGUCUUUUACAUUAUUAUCUUUGUGAAGGAGAAAAACCAGAUGGAACAAUACCUAGAGGAUCCGUUCAUUUAGCUGGAGCAGUGAUUUGUCCAAGUGAUGAGGAUUCUAAAACAUUCACAGUUAACUGUGCUUCAGGUGAUAUGUUAAAAUUAAGAGCAACAGAUGCUAGGGCAAGACAGGAAUGGGUUAAUGGUUUAAGAGCUGUGGCUGAAUCACAUACAAAGGCUAUAAGUGCCAACAGUCCUCCGUUACCUCCUAGGGAACAAUUAGCAGUAUUAGAUGCUCUUGGAUGCGUAAGAUCACAAUUACAGCAAACUGAACAAGCAGAUUCAGCUCUUUGCAGAUCUAUCGAAUCUGCUGGAAGCAAAUAUUUCAUCGAUCCAAACUUGCUGCUACUAAAAGCUACAUCGGCGGCGUCUUUGCAUUGCCUUACGCAAUGUAUGAAUAUCCUACAGAGGAAUCAACAUGCUCAACAGUCAAGAACAGGGAAAAUGUAUCAGUUAUUCUUGAAUUUCCCGGGUAAGAAAGUCCGGAAAAUGAAAUUAAAAAAAUGGAAUAGUUUAUGAUUAACAACAGCACAGAUUGAAGCAGCUUCUAGAGUGAGAUUUGAAGAAGAUUAAGACAAUUUUAUACCCCCCAUUUAUUGUAUAUAGAAUGUACAUAUAUCCUAUAUAAAUUAUAUUCUAUAUUGUAAUCAUUAUAUUACAAAAUAAAAAAGACAUGGUACAAUUA